AUGUGUAAAGGAAAAUAUAAAAGUGAGCCGGAUUCAAAAUUCAUUAAACUAUAUCCAAAGAUCAUUGAAGAUUUUCUCAGACGUGUUGAUAAUAAAAGAAAGAAGAAGCGUGAAGAAUACUUUGGAAGAAUAAAAAGGAGGAAAGAGCAGAAAAGAGAAGAUCUAAAACGUGUGAAAGAUUUAGAGAGAAGAGAACUUGAAGAAAAUUUUUUAAAGUUGAAAGAAGAGCUUGGUCAAAAUGAAUUGAACCUUAACGAAGAUGAUAUUGAAAACGAUUUUAAACCUGAAAAACUUGACCAGAAAACGAAAGUGCUUUUUGAUGAUGAUUAUUGUGCUAUUCAAGAAGAAGAAUGUCCAAAAUUUCCAUUUGAUGAGGAACUCGAUAAUGCAGAUUGGGACCAUUGGAUUGGACCAAGUAAAAGUGAUGUGUGUGGGGAAGAACAGCUCGAAGAAAGUGCUUCUGAAACAUCCGGUGUUGAGAUUACAAAUUCUAAAAUUUAUUCUAAAUCACAGUUUAGGAAAGAAAUGAUUGAGUCAACUCACACAGGAAGGAUAAAG